AGAAAGAGAGGAGAGAGAGAGAGAGACACAGAGAGAGAGAGAGAGCGACAGAGAUAGAGAGAGAGAGAGAGAGAGAGAGAGAGAGCGAGAGAGAGAGAGAGACACAGAGACACAGAGAGAGAGAGAGAGCGACAGAGAUAGAGAUAGAGAGAGAGAGAGAGACACACACUGGAGAAGUUUACACAGCCGAGCUUCUCUUCCCCUUCACGGCUGUAGAAGUACCGCUCGGUUCUACUUCAGGACAAACAGCUCAACUUGAACAAAAUGAGACUUUCACUAUUGCUGUUGAUUCCAGGGAUCUUUGUCUGGUCACUUUUCCCUCUGACAAGCGGUGAAGAGCAGCGAAUCCCCGAAGAGAAACUUCUAGUUGUGACUGUUGCAACCAAAGAGACGGAUGGCUUCAAGCGCUUCUUCCGCUCAGCUAAACAUUUGAACUACACCGUAAAGGUUCUUGGUGAGGGUGAGAAAUGGAAGUCAGGCGACUACAUGUCAGCUCCAGGAGGAGGCCAGAAGGUACGACUCCUUAAAGCAGCUCUGGAGGAGAUGACUGACGGGGACAAAAUCAUCCUUUUCAUUGACAGCUAUGAUGUGGUUUUCGCCUCGGGCCCCAAAGAGCUGCUCAAGAAGUUCCAGCAGGCCAGACACAAGGUGGUGUUCUCCUCUGAGAGCCUGAUCUGGCCCGACAGACACCUAGAGGACAAGCACCCCCACGUCGUCGAGGGCAACAGGUUCCUAGGCUCAGGAGGUUUCAUUGGCUACCUUCCCAACAUCAAAGAAAUGGUUUCUGACUGGACGGGUGAAGACAAUGACAGUGACCAGCUGUUCUUCACAAAGAUUUACAUUGAUCCAGUUAAAAGGAAAUCCACAAAUAUCACUCUGGACAGCAAAUGCAGAUUGUUUCAGAACCUCCAUGGAGCCCUCGACGAGGUGGUGCUGAAGUUUGAGGACGGACGGGUCCGAGCUAGAAAUGUGCUGUACGAUACGCUGCCUGUCGUCAUCCAUGGGAACGGACCAACCAAGCUCCAGAUCAACUACCUGGGUAACUACAUCCCCAACACGUGGACCUUUGAGAUGGGAUGCACCGUGUGUCACAAGGACCUCCACCCACUCGCAGCUCUUGAGGAGAGUGAAUACCCACUGGUGGCCAUCGGCAUCUUCAUCCAGCAGCCCACCCCGUUUGUGGGCGUGUUCUUUGAACGCCUCCUGAAGCUCCAGUAUCCCAAACACAGACUCAAACUCUUCAUCUCCAACCAGGAAGCUCAUCAUGAGGGUCAGAUCAGCUCUUUUCUGAAGGAUCAUGGAAGCCUCUAUCAGGAAGUCAAGCUGGUCGGCCCUGAAGAGGAGAUGGACCCACCUGCUUCCCGCAACCUGGGCGUCGAUAUGUGCCGGAAGGACAAGCACUGUGACUAUUUCUUCCUCUUGGACAUCGACGUGGUCCUGGAGAACGAGAACACACUUCAAAUUCUCAUUCAACAAAACCUUCCGAUCGUGGCACCGAUGAUAACUCGUGUCGGUCGACUGUGGAGCAACUUCUGGGGCGCCCUGAGUGCAGACGGCUACUACGCCCGGUCCGAGGACUACGUGGACAUAGUUCAAGGUCGCAGGGUGGGUGUGUGGAACGUCCCGUAUGUAUCCAGCGUGUUCCUGGUGAAGGCCAGCCUCCUUCGGGCAGAGCUCUCGGACUACGAGCUGUUCACCUCAACCCUCUUAGACCCUGACAUGGCUUACUGCCACAACGUCCGCAGCAAGGAAGUCUUCAUGUAUGUGACCAACAUGCAAACCUUCGGUCGCAUCCUGUCCACAGAGAACUAUCAGAUGAGCCAUCUUCAUAACGAUCUGUGGCAGAUCUUUGAAAACCCUGUGGACUGGCAGAAGCGCUACAUUCAUGAGAACUAUACUCUCAUCAUGAAAGAUAAGCUGAUUGAAACUCCUUGUCCUGAUGUCUACUGGUUCCCAAUCUUCUCUGAUGUUGCUUGUGACCACAUUGUUGAAGAAAUGGAACAUUUUGGGAGGUGGUCAGGAGGAAAUACUACGGAUGCCAGAAUCCAAGGAGGCUACGAGAACGUCCCCACCAUCGAUAUCCACAUGAACCAGAUCAACUUUGAAAAGGAAUGGCAGAAGUUCCUCCUGGAGUAUAUAGCACCGAUAACAGAGAAGAUGUACCCUGGUUACUACACCAAGGCUCAGUUUGAGUUGGCCUUUGUAGUUAGAUAUAAGCCAGAUGAGCAGCCGUCUUUGAGGCCGCACCACGACGCCUCCACGUUCACUAUAAACGUUGCUCUCAAUCAAGUGGGCCGUGACUACCAGGGAGGUGGAUGCCGGUUCCUCCGCUACGACUGCUCCGUUGACGCUCCUCGUAAAGGAUGGACCCUUCUGCACCCGGGCCGCCUCACCCACUACCACGAAGGCCUGCCCACCACCGCCGGCGUGCGCUACAUCGCCGUGUCCUUUGUGGAUCCCUGAAGCCGGCCAGUGCAACCCGAACAGGACACACACACGGACACACACUGCACUCUAUUUUCUGACUCGGAGCAGUGACCUUCACUCUUUUUCACAAGUUCAUUCUUUCUUAAAUAAUGAUAUACAACUUAUUAGCAGAAUAUCCGUCCCCUAUGAUAACGGUUUGAGAGGCUCAGGUUAACUGUUCAUCAUGUUUGGUAAUGUGCACCACCUCAUCACAAGACAGUGAUGAUUACAGACAUCUUCUUGUGAAGGGGUCAAUAAGGUCUGAAUAUUUUAUUACACCUCGGCUCUUCAGGAUUCCCUUUUAGCACCUGGAUUCAAACCAACAGACUAACACUUGCUCCUCAACGAGUACCCGAUAGCAUGAAGUAGUCCACCUGCUGACUCCUUGUUCUGCUACUUUAGUCCCGGUUCUAAACUAACUUGUGGAACAAAGUUGUCACUCCUUUUGUUUGAACAGAGCGCUUGUUCCUCCUGUUGCAAAUGUGUUUCUUAGAUCAGGCCCACAUUGUAGAUGACAUGGACCAGGAGCACAGGGGAUCCUAUUGGGCCUUGAGCAGGACCUUUUGUGUAUUCAAAGCAAUUCUUUUCCAAUGGUUCCUUGAACUGAGACACUAUUUAUUUUGUCUACAUUUUUCUAAAGACAUCCUGAUCUUGUAUGUUGGUCAGAGCUCAUUUGUUCAUGUGCUCCCUGAUGUUGGUAUCUAGGAAACUCACUUUCAUUACAACCCGAAUAAAGCCAUUAACUGAAAUGAGAUUAAA